AUGUCACUCUUAAAGGGAAAGGGAGUUGAAGUCACUCAGGAUGACCAACACCGUAUAUGUGUCUUUGCUCGUCUGCACCGUCGCCGUAAGGAACUAACGCAGGCCAUCGCCAAACGAAAGGACGAGAUCGUGAAACUCAGCGAUGCUGCUGACGAACUGAUGAUUGCCGACGGUGCGAUGUAUCUCUUUGGUGAGACAUUCAUGCAGACCGAGACAGACGACGCGGAGGCGUUGCUGGAGGCCGAGCGGGAACGGCUGGAAAGUGAACAGGAAGCCGAGGAGGCGGAGCUGAAGAAUGUUGAGGCUGCGUUGAGUGAGUUGAAGGCCACUCUCUACGCGUCACUCGGGAGUCAGGUGUACUUGGAGGACGAAUAA